AUGGCUGUUAAGAUUGUCAUUAGGAUGCCCAACAGUACGCACACCAAACCGGAGUACUUGUCAAUCAUACUGGACACAGGAGAGGGGCCAAUAGAUGAGCAGCGAGAGGUUUGCAUUAUGACCCCCAACCAAUGGGAGUUCCCCCGGGAGCGCCUGAAAUUAGGAAAGCUUCUAGGCCGUGGAGCCUUUGGUAAAGUCAUGGAGGCGUCUGCCUUUGGUAUAGACAGUGGUAGCAGCUGCAGGAGUGCUGUGAAGAUGCUCAAAGAGGGAGCUACAGCCAGCGAACACAAGGCAUUGAUGACUGAAUUAAAGAUCCUCAACCACAUUGGAAAUCACCUUAAUGUAGUCAACCUUCUGGGAGCCUGCAAACCAGGAGGACCGCUGAUGGUCAUUGUCGAGUAUUGUCGUUUUGGAAAUCUUUCAACCUUCUUGAAGAACAAGAGAGAGGUGUUUGUACAAGAUCGGCUGGCUGGAGUAAAAGGUGGGGGGUCAUUUUGUGACGACAGUGUCCCCGACAACCAGAGCAGCUUUCACACAGAGUUUGAUGAGAGAGAUGAGAUGGGCAAUGACCUUGAUCCCCAAACUGCUCCAAAUUCCACUCUUUACCUGGAAGAUCUCAUUUCUUUCAGCUUUCAGGUGGCACGAGGAAUGGAGUUUCUGGCCUCUCGCAAGUGUAUUCACAGAGACCUGGCAGCAAGGAACAUUUUACUGUCAGACAAUAAAGUGGUGAAGAUCUGUGACUUCGGUCUGGCCAGAGACAUCUACAAAGACCCCGAUUACGUCCGGAAGGGAGAUGCCCGACUCCCUCUCAAGUGGAUGUCUCCUGAGUCCAUCUUUGACAAGGUGUUCACCACCCAGAGUGAUGUGUGGUCCUACGGCAUACUGCUGUGGGAGAUCUUCUUUGGGCGCUUCCCCGUACCCUGGUCUUCAAAUAGAUGAGGAGUUCUGCCACAGGCUGAAAGGGGGAACAAGGAUGCGAGCACCAGAAUACAGCACGCCUGAGAUUUACAGCACAAUGCUAGCAUGUUGGGAGGCCAAUCCCUCCGACCGACCCACCUUCACUAACUUGGUGCAGACAAUGGGAGAGCUGCUACAAGCGAGAGUGGAACAGGACGGGAAGGAUUAUAUUCCUCUGGGAUCUUUUAUGACUGGAGAAACUGGUCGCUUGGAGGCCUUCAAAGAAAAACCACUCGCAGUAACAAACCUGAGGUAAAAAAAAAAAAAA